AUGGCCAUGAUUCUGGAACCGGAAAGACGACUCCCGCUAUCGAACCAAGACCUCCUUUCCUAUGUGUUUGACCAGCCCGCAUAUGAUCGGACGAAAUCAAUCUACAUCGACGCCCACAACCCGUCCCGCUCCAUAUCAUGGAACCAGGCUCGAACAAUCAUCCGCCAGCUGAUCAAGGGACUGCGGAACUCGGGACUACAAGAUGGAGAUUGCGUGGCAGUCCAUUCGCUCAACAAUAUUUAUUAUAGUGUCGUCGUACUAGCUAUUAUAGGAUCCGGAGGUAUCUUCACCGGCACCAACCCCUCUUAUACAGCAGGGGAACUCCAACAUCAUCUCAAGACCUCUAGAUCCAAGUUCGUAAUCUGCGAACCUGAGUUCGUGUCUUCAUUGUUGGAAUCGGCAAAACAAGCCAGUAUCCCCAAUGAGAACAUCUGGGUCUGUGAUGCCACUGGAGAUGCUACCCUUUCAUCUGGUCUGCAAUCCUGGACACUACUUCUAAAACAAGGUGAAUGCGACUGGGUCCGCUUCAACGACCUAGCCAUCGCGAAGAAAACAACCGCAGCCCGAUUCUUCAGCAGCGGCACCACAGGUCUCCCGAAAGCAGUGGAAAUAACGCACCACAACCUACUCGCCCAGCAUUCUCUUGUUUUUGAAGCUCACCCAAGGCCGUAUUCCGUGUCCCAUCUAAUCGUCCUCCCUGCCUUUCACGCAGCCAUUGCUCCCCUCAUGCAUAUCGGGGCCCUGCGAUCGGGAUACGUGAUGUACAUCAUGCGCCGGUUUGAGCUCAACUCAUAUCUUGAAUUCGUCGAAAAGUACAACAUAACGGAUCUGAUUGUCGUGCCGCCUAUCCUGACAGCCAUCUUGAAGUCAGAACAUCCAGAGACAGAGAGGUGUCUGAAAAAGGUGAAGAAUAUCGUCUGUGGUGCUGCGCCUUUGGACAAAACUAUACAGACUCAGGUCCGCAACCUACUAUCCAACGGCGUGCCACUAACCCAAGCAUGGGGUAUGACCGAGACGUGUUGCGCGUCGAUGAUAUUUCCAUAUCCAGAGGAAGAUGUUACGGGUUCUAUAGGACGGCUAGUUCCAAACGUUGAGGCCAAGUUGAUCGAUGAUGAAGGUAGAAAUAUAUCUUCAUACAAUGUCCCCGGUGAGCUCUGCAUCCGCGGCCCUACCGUAACACCCGGCUACUUCGAUAAUGCCUCUGCGAACAGCUCCGCCUUCGAUGACGACGGCUGGCUUAAGACAGGGGACAUUGCAAGCCGCGACGAGGCCUCCGGGAAAUGGUAUAUUGUUAACCGGAAGAAGGAGCUUAUCAAAGUCAACGGGUUUCAGGUUGCGCCGUCGGAGGUGGAGGCAGUUCUGCUGUCUCAUCCGGGGGUAGCGGACGCGGCCGUUGUUGGAGCUCGUAAUCCCGGUGAUGGGACUGAGAGGCCUUGCGCAUUUGUUGUGCCUAAUCUGGGGGAGAAGGUUACUGGUGCUGAGUUGAAGCUGUAUGCCGCUCGGCUGUUGGCGAAGUAUAAAGAGCUAUCCGGCGGAGUGAGGUUUGUGGAGGCGAUACCGAGGAAUGCGAGUGGGAAGAUUCUUAGGCGGGUGUUGAGGGAUCUGUGCGAGGGUAAUUCUGGCGCAGAGUCGAAGUUAUAG